GAUAGACAGUGACAUACUCGAUUCCCUUUUCCCUCUCUCUCUCUCUCAUUCACUUACUCUCUCACUCUCACUCGUUGGUUCAGUCGGUCUUUCUCCGUGGCUCACCGUUCCGGUGUUCUACAGAGAGACAGGUAGAGAGACGAUGAGGAUUCUCGAUGGAGGAACCGACGGCGGAUUGGUCUCGUUGGUCCGUUUUAAAAGCAUGGAAACCACCGCGUACGCCUCUCGCCAUUUCCGCGGAGUCGCGUCGUCGUCGUCGUCGUUGUUGUUGUCGUCGUCGUCGUCUGCCUGCACGAUACUCAAACCAACACGAGAGGAUUGAUUGAUUGAUUUCGACAGAAAAUUCUGAAAAAGAAAAUAAGAAAGAAAGAAAGAAAGAAAGAAAGAAAGAAGACCAUCGAGUCUUCAUAUCAUUUUAAUUCGUUAAUGAUUAAUUAACAACAAGUUAAUUUUUGUCAUCUCUGUUCUUUUCAAAGAGAUAACAAACGUCAUCGACCGUUCACGAAUAUUUCAUACACAAAUUUACGAUUCGUACUGGCGAUGAGUUUGAAAGUUAAACUGGUGAUUCCGAGACAAAAGAAAUCACGUCAAGCGUGAAACGAUUAACGCGUCGACGUGCUCGGACAAGAAGGCUGGAAGGUUGACAGGAUGGGUAGAAACUUGAGAAGCUCGAGAGAGAGGAGAAACGAUGUGGUUCUUUUGGAAAUCGGAUUGCUUCCGUAUUAGUUUCUUUAUUUUGCAGCUUAAGCCGUAAGGAUAUAUCCGUGGAUUCAAAAGUAGGCCGAGUUCCGGUCUACGCGUGCAUUGAGUCUACUUAAUCAGGAUGAAAUCCAAGACUCCGGCAACAAUAGCCUCGCGAUACCCGAAGGACCGGUGGGCAAAAUGAAAGCUCCUGAGAAACAAUGGAAGCGUCCACGCAAGCAUGACGGCCUCUUUCAGAUUCGUGGAGGCCAUGUUUAGCCGUGCCCAAGGGAAACAUUCUUCUUACAAAGCUCGUCUACGUCGAGCCAACCGAAGAAUAUCAACGGUCGGUUGGUGACCGUGUCACGAGAAAGCUGAACUGCCGGAGGAGUAUGUUAGUGACAAGGCAACACCCUCUACGAGGGCGCAUAUUACUCGCCCUAUUCUUACUCGUCGGAAGUUUCGCGUUGCCAUCGAAAGCGGCAGCUUUUCCCGAUUGGACGGAUUGCCCUGCCGUUUGCAGAUGCAAGUGGACCUCCGGAAAAAAGUCAGCCCUUUGUCCGGAUGCUGGACUGACCUCGCUCCCAGCCUCCUUGGAUCCGGACAUGCAAGUGUUGGAUCUAUCUGGCAACAAAAUACCGGCCCUACAAUCGGAGAUAUUCAAGCGUGCCGGUUUGUUGAAUCUACAAAGAGUUUUCUUGAGAAACGCCGGCAUUCACGAGAUACACGCGGACUCGUUCAGAGACAUGAGGAUACUCGUAGAAAUCGAUCUUUCGGACAAUCACGUGAAAAAUCUCGAGGCAGAGACUUUCCUCGGUAACGAGAGGCUUAGGAUUCUUAUACUCAGCGGUAAUCCUUUGGGCAUGCUCAAGAGCCAUCAAUUUCCGAUUCUCCAACACCUUAGAACUUUGGAGUUACAGAGGUGUUCCUUGACCGAGAUACACGGGCAAGCCUUCGUCAGACUCGCAGGCUUGGAAUCUCUCAAACUCGAUAGCAACGAACUCCAGUACUUGGACGCUCCGGUUAUAUCGAGUUUACCACGUCUAAAGACACUUACCUUGGACGGCAAUCAUUGGAGUUGCGACUGCAGAUUACGUGGAUUUCGUACUUGGUUGAUACCGGAGACCCCGAGCAAAUUGUAUUCCGUGUCACAGUUUUGUUUCGCGCCUGAAAGACUGAAAGGUAGAAAAUGGGAAGAAGUGAAGCCAGGAGAAUUUGCCUGUGAACCGGAGGUAAUCGUAUUGGCCAGUACAAUCCAAGAGGAGAGUAACGGUAAUUUGAGUCUCGCGUGUUUGGCAUCCGGAGAUCCGGAGCCGGAAGUAUGGUGGCAAUUGAACGGCGGUCCCGUUAACGCAACCAGAAUUUCCGAUCAAACAUACGUAGGUACAUACGUAGCUCGUGUAUCCUCCGACACGAAUAUCGUCUAUAACGAGAAAUCCGAAAGAGUUACCGCCGACAGGUGGAGCAAUUUAACUGUUUACAAUGCGAGCGACGGGGACGCAGGAGAAUACGCGUGUUUCGCAAAAAACAUAGCUGGCCUUGCGAGGGACACCGUAAGCGUAGCCAUACCACGUAUUUACACGGCACCGACAUUGUCCCAGAGCGACAAUUGGUUGCUUUGGGUUAGCCUAGCUGGGGGCGGGGCAGCUGCUCUAGGUGCUUCAGUUUCGGCCAUAUUAUUGGCAUUCUGUUUGUGCGGUGGCAGUCGUCGCAACGGUAAACGAGAAAAAGUCAAACUGCAAGGAAGUACGAGCUUCGGUGAUCAAGAAAAGAAAUUAUUGGAUCUAUCAGUGACGACUACGACGGCUGGUAGCGCGAACGAUCGUGCCAGUGGUCAUGGCAGUUUGGCCGAGGCAUGUAGCACCGGUGACCUCGAACUGGCCGAGCGUGUUUCUAUCUGUGAUCACAUGGGAGCUGCUACGGUGACGGUAGAAAGACUUAGACCGGAGAUAAGCAAUUCGACUAACGUGUGUCGUGCCAUACCCUGUCCCGCAGGUUUCCCCCCGCCCCCGCCGGAAUUUACGACGGGUGUUUUGCCGGCCGGUAUCUUCGGCAACAUCUUCAUAUCCGUUUCUAUGCCCCAGGACUCGACGGAACGUUGUUACCCGGACUUACUCGACAUUCCGGUCCACGGUGCGGUCAGUGGCGUUACCGAAAAAAAUACGGUCGCCGCUUUACCUUCGACCCCAUGUGUAUCGAGUUUCGCGACGCUUCCUCGACGAGCCCUUCGCAACGCAACGGAUCUUGGUUCACCCUACGACAAUAUGGGCCCGAGGGUCACUGCCAACGGAAGUUCCGCCUUCUCCCUGACCGACGUCGAUUUGAGAUUAUCCCCGCCCCCACCCCCGCGAAUCAUUCAACCACCCCACGAGUUCGUCUCUCUUUAGAAUAAUUCUAUCCUAUAUUCGGGUAGAGAUAUCUCCCUGUGCGCGAAUAUUAACGAAAAAUAAUCUAACCCGAGAACGAUCGUUGAAACUCGUUCGAUGCCACGCGUCGUCGUCAUUGUCGUCAUCGUCUCGGUUCGUUGAACACGAGUUUCUUCUUUUUUUCUUUCUUUCUUCCUUUCUUUCCGUCUGUCUUUUACAUUCAGCCGAUAAAAGAGACUCCAAGGCUGAUCCUAGAGCUAAAAAAUGAACAGAGAGACUUAUUCUCAGCUCGUGUGUGUGUGUAUGUGAGAGAGGGAUAUAGAAAUAAAGGAAAAUAUAAAAAAAAGGAAGGAAAGAGAGAAAGAAAGAAAAAGAAAAAGAGAGAGAGAGAGAGAGAGAGAGAGAAAAGACCGUAUUAUGACGUUCUCGAGAUUCCAGGACAGAGACACGAAGAGAACCGGUGAUUCCAGAAAAGGAGCAAUUUUAGCUACGUGUCAGGUUGACACCUGUCUCUGAAUUUUGAAUAUCUGUCUGUCCGCUUGUCUGCCCGCCUUGCCUGCUUGCGUGAGUGCCCGAGAAUAUCUCGUAACCCAAAUGACGAAGAGAUACGAUCAAAGAAAUGAUAAGAAAGAGAAGUGGGGAGAAAAAAGAGAUGAGGAAAUAAAAAAGAAAAAAAAUGAAAAAAAAAAGA